CAAUACGAUGACAUAAUGUACAAUUGCAAAGGCAGCUGUGUUAAUGUAAGAGACCCCCCCCCCCCCCCCAGCACAAACCUUAUUCAACAGACACCAAGUCUGAUCGUUAAGAUCAAUAAAAGGUGACUUAAUACAUUAGCUGUACAUUUUUAAUGAGGGUCACAGUUUGAUACUGGAACAGGUUAAAUUCUAUUUAAGAUUUCCUAUGGGACGUUGAAAUCAAGAGUACCACAAUGAAUGGAGUUUGACUUCGGGGGUCAUUUUAAAGGUAAUUUGAUUUAGUCUUAAGAAAACAUUGUAUCGGUACGCUGUUAUUUUGUUGUGAAUAGAAAGAACAUCCUUCUGAGUAAUGCUUCACAGGACUCAUGAGUCACCGCCUGAGUUUUGUAUUCCGGGUCAUACAAAUAAAAAGCAAACUGCGGUUGCUUGACAAACUGAACAGAUAAGGUGUCGGCCAUGGCAAUAAGCGCCACACAUCUUGGCGUUCAUUUUCUCAUUUGUAGCCUGACACUGAUAUUUGACUAAGUCACUGGACAAUGAUGCACAUUUUAAAAGUCAGUAACUUCAUUUACCAGGCAGCCACGUAGUUACACAUGUACUUAGUUAUCAUGCAACAGUACCGUAAGACGUAAGAGGGGAUGCGGUUGCUGUCAUCUAGCCCAAAAAACGACAUUUUAAAGCAACCUGUCGUCUUGUUGUUAUUGUUGCAUGAACUAGCACCGUGCUAGCGUGAGCGGCGCGGCUAACUCAAAGUUCGUAAUGUCUUCCCCAAGACAAAUUUAAUUGUCUUGGGGAAUUUUCAGCCAUAAACUCUGCUACACGUUGUGUUGUAUCAAUUGGACACACCGACACAUCACUCAUGUGCAUUUAGCGGGUUUAAGUGUCGCUUUGGCAAACACAUCUAGUGUGAUCUAAGUUAUGUGUUUGGGUGUGUACACACGGCUAGUGACAGAUAGCUGACGUUAGCUGUCAUAGCCGCUACUGGUUAGCUGUCACUACGAACUGGUGAACUCACGAGUGGUGAAAAAUGGUCAAAAAGCUCUACUCGAGUCAGUGUUUUCCAUUCCAACAUGACAAACGACGCCAACCCGUCAGUCGGAGUCGCCCAAGUCAUCACGCUAGCGAGUUACCCCGGCCCUUCAGUGUCGACGGCGGCUAGCGCUAACAAGCUAGCCCGCUAAAGAGGCGCUGCGCUCAGGGAGGCUCGUAUCGGGAGGAGCCCCCUCCGGGUAGCACAGCUGCCCGCUAACGGCGGGUAAUGGCUCGCUACUCACUCAGCCAAGAGACGAAGCCGCUGAAUGUGAUCACAAUGUCCUCCCAAAAAACAACCGCUUGAAGCCGUCUAAUGUGCGCUGGGGCCGGGCGAGCUAGUGAAACAUUCGGUUAUUCUCCAGCAGGCUCCGCCACUUGCCUCAACUUCCCGGUUGGCUUUGUAGCGCGAUGAUGACAGAUCGUAUGACAAUCCUACGUCUGGCCGAGCCCCGCCAAUCAUAACACACAGUUUAACAUUUGCUUUAUAUCAUUAAAAAAAGAUGCAAUGAACAAUGCAUGCUACGCGACAAUACACAUACAAGUCAACAACCGAAAAAAUAUAACAAUAUAGUACAGUACAAAUGUAACUCGUCUGUUCGUACGUCAUUAAAAAAAACAUUUUUGUAAAGGUACAUUUUCGACCAUUUCCCCAAUCGUCGCUUUUAUUGGCAUCCCCUCAUCUUUUCAGUUUGAAUGAAAAGUAUUCCCUACACCAAACUUUGUCGGUGUUUGCGAUGGACGGGUUGCUAGGCAACGACAAACAGUUUGCAAGCUAGGCCUCAUUUUCUUCUCAGGGAACUUUUUUUUUUAACAUACAUUAUACAUUUUUGUUAAUAUUUUUAAAAGGGCUUUGCAGGUGAAUACGUGUGGAAUGAAUCUGACAGACAGACUGACACAACUACCGAGGGCUGGGAAAACAGUCCCUAUGGGGGACAGAGCUGAGGCGUGCCUUCGAGAAGCAAAAAGGGCCCAGACCCCGCCCAUGGUUAGGAAGUAUCACAACAGUAACCGACCCGGGCCUGGCGUGAUCCGAGUGCACUAUGGGAAAGCCAAUGACCCCAGAAUCGCGGACACACUCGUCCACGGCACCUGCAACAAGUCUUCUCUGACAGCAGCAGACUCCCUCAAUCCGCCCCCGAGCACCAAGUUCCAGCAGAAGCUGCAAGACCUCAGUGAGGCCGUGUACUCCUCCCACAGGAAGGCGCCGCUGGGACGCACGCCCGACCAACGCCCUGGACUACCAGCCUGGUACAACAACCAAACCACUUUUGGACUAAGAACUGUUCGAGAUGUGGACGCCUGGGACGUUAUUUAUCCUCCUAAAACAGUCGAGGAGUUGGAAAGAGAGGCUGAGGAGGCACACAGGGUUUACGUCCGGAGUCACAACAGCUAUUUCGUUGGCGAGCAAAUUGACAGGAAGUACGCAGCGGGCCACUACAAUAAAGAAAGUCGCUUCGGGAACCCGACGCCUCAUUUCAACGACGGCCGCUACGUUGGCAGAAGUCUACACUGGUUGGGCGAGACCAAGUUCUACAAUCCAAAUCCUGACUGGAAAACAUCGGACAGCAGUGAAAUGCUGCCGUCACAAAAGAGAGGAAGUAGCUUGAAGUUGCCACCAAACCAUGCCUUUGGAGUUUACAUACCUCAAGAUGAAUAUGGCGUCGCAGAAUUGAUCCACUGCACGCAGCCGGGCAGGCGCGUCCGAGCAGAGGAGCAACAGCGUAGUCUGGCUGGUGCGGUACGACACCACCUCAAGACGAUCAACUUCCAAAACUUCCCGUCCUUGCUGGAGGCCUUCAGGCACUACGACAAGAAAGGCAAGGGGCACAUCGACAAGGAGGACCUUCGAGAAGUGUGCCGCAACUUCCAGCUGGACGUGAGUGAGUCGGUCCUGGACGACCUGGUCCAUUUCUGCGACACCAAUCAAAACGGGUUCAUCGACUUUCUGGAGUUUGCCAACUUCCUCACCUGGAAGGACAAGAUGCCUCUAAACAGAGAAGAGCAGAAUCUGAUCAUGGAUGCCCUGGCCCAGACCAGCUCAGCCGAUGACUCUGCAUCACAAUCAGCUCAACUCCCUGCUUCCAGUGCUUUGUUAAAACGUGAAGACCUGAGGCCUUUCAAGCGGUGCAGCUCAAAGAAGAACGUAAGGACGCUCCGACGACUGGAGACUCCCUCAGACCGCUUCAUUACCACCUCAUCGUUCAUCGGGGCUGCCAUUGGGGAGCCGUUGUCAUCAAACGCUCGCACCUUCGGGAUCCCAUCGGUCCGCACUGACGUUCCGGCCCCACGCAACAGGAGAAUCAACGACACCAUUAACUACGGGGAUAUGACCACAGCAAUAGACUUGCUGCUGCCAUCAGUGAACGGCCGCCACGGCGUCUACCAGGAUGACUUCUUCUGUCCACGCUCCAAGAAAGAGAUUGCAGAGAUCUUCAGGAAUGUGGGCGUGAAUAUUUCCGAGGAGACGUUUGAGGAGGCCUGGAAGCUGGCGUCCGCCAGGCAUCCCAAGGGGGACGUCUGUGUCGAGGCUUUCCGAGCGGUCCUAAAGGAGAUAAAAGCUUUGUAACCAGAACAUUUUGUGGUUUUACUGCCCUAUCAGGCAACGACUUGGAAGACUUGCUGUGAUGAAUGGAAGCAUGAAUUGUGCUGAAGGAGAAUGUCCGGCCAUUUGUUGGUGACCUCAAGCUGAAAGCAACUUGGGUUCUGCAGCAGGACAAUGAUCCAAAACACACCAGCAAGUCCACCUCUGAAUGGAUGAAGACUUUGGAGUGGUCUAGUCCAAGUCCUGACCUGAAUCCUAUUGAGAUGCUGUGGCAUGACCUUAAAAAGGAAAAGCCUCCAAUGUGGCUGAAUGACAACAAUUGUGCAAAAUUCCUCCCCAGCGCUGGAAGAGACUCAUUGCAAGUUAUCACAAACGCUUGAUUGCAGUUGUUGCUGCUAAGGGGGGCCAACCACUUAUUAGCUUUAGGGGGCCAUCACUUU